CCACUGGUUCCUGGGUUGGCAAAGCAGACUUUCCAGUUUGGGCUGCAGUGUGCAUGGGAAAGCCAAUGUCUCUUUUGUGCCCAUAGCUCUAUUCCUGGCAGGGGAUUUCUUUUGUCCCCAGCAUGUUCGUACCAUGCACUUUGGCUGGAUCAGGAGACCACACAGAGAGAAAAGGAGACUGAGGCUGGAAACGAGACGGUGUCCUCAGGUCACUUGCACUCUGCUAUGGCCAAGGAACAGUGGAACAGCCAGACUACAGCCUCCCCACCCCCUGCUAACCCAGUGGUUACCACCACAGCUCCGCCGGGCUUCCUUGAUGGCAUUGUCAGCCACACCCCAUUACCCAGAUGGGCGCUCAUUGCUGUGGCGGUGGCAGUGGCUGUUCUCUUCCUCCUCUUCCUCAUCUGCAUCAUCAGGUGCUGCUGUGGCAAGAAGAAGCCAGAGAAGAAGGAGAAAGUUGGCUUGCUCACCUUCAGUGGCUCCACCACAGCCAGCCUUGUGCAGCCUGAGAUGGAAGACCUGGAGCAGGGCCCAGAGGAGACAGGGCGAGGAAGGCUUCAGUAUUCUCUGGAGUACAAUUUCCGUGUACAGGAGCUGAAAGUUGGUGUGAAGCAGGCAGCUGACCUGAAGGCCAUGGACAAUGGGGGCACAUCUGAUCCCUAUGUUACUGUCUACCUGACAUCUGAUAUGAGAAAGAAGUAUGAGACAAAGGUUCAUAAGAAGACCCUGAACCCCGUCUUCAAUGAGACCUUCACUUUCCAGGUGCCCCAGGCAGAGGUGUCUGAGGCCACGCUGGUGAUGCAGAUCUAUGACUUCAAUCGCUUCUCCAAGCACGACAUCAUUGGUGAGGUCCGCCUGCCCCUGGCCAGUGUCAACCUGCAGCACAUCAUCGAGCAGUGGAGUGACUUAGUGGUGGCCAGCAAAGUGGAGCAAGAGCGUCUGGGUGAGAUCUGCUUCUCACUGCGCUAUGUCCCCAGCACCGGCAAGCUGACAGUGCUCAUCCUUGAGGCCAAGAAGCUGAAGCGGAUGGACUCCCGUGGGCUAUCAGAUCCUUUUGUUAAGGUGCAUCUCAUCCUGAACAAGAAGAAGUGGAAGAAGAAGAAGACGAGUGUGAAGAAAAAUACCUUGAGUCCUUAUUUCAAUGAGGCAUUUGUCUUUGAGGUGCCUUUCAAUCAGAUUCAGAAUGUGGAUGUGGUCAUCUCCGUCUGGGACUAUGACAAAGUGACCAAGAAUGAGCCCAUUGGCAAACUCUUCCUGGGCUGCCGGGCCACGGGUAACCAGCUGCGGCACUGGUCUGACAUGCUGGCCAACCCACGGCGGCCCAUCGCCCAGUGGCACAACCUGCAGCCCCCUGAUGUGGUGGACAAGGCCCUGGGGUUGAAGUCCCACCUCAAGCUGCCUAUGACCACCAGAUAGUGAGAGACAACUCUGGCACCCCCUGCUCACUCACAUCUGGGCAGGAUGGAGGUUUUCAGAGGUGUCUGGAUGCAGCUCUGCACCAAGGUGAUGCUGGAGGGGGUGAUGUGGAUGCAGAACUAGCUUGUCUCAGCCACUCGCAGGCUGGGGUUGAAUACAGAGAGCUCUAAGCUUAUGGAAAAACAUUGAGUCAUUUGAUAUUUUUUGAAUAGAAGUUGAUUACUAUAGAAUCAUAUGUUGGAAAAGGUAUUCAAGAUCACUCGAGUCCAACCAUCAGCUUGACCUAACAGGUCCCACCACCAAACCACGUCUCUUAGUCCAUAUAUCUCUUAAAUAUCUCCAGGGAUGGAGACUCCACUGCUUCCCUGGGCAGCCCAUCCCAGUGCUUGACCAACCCCCUUAGGAAACCAGCCUGUGAAUGCUAUGCUGACUUGCAGCCCUCUUGUCAGUUCUGUGUGAGUUUCAUGUAAUCUGGGGGCUGCUUGUGCCCUCACAUCCUGCUUUGUGGUGCCUUAAGGUGGGAGGUAAGUAAAAAUCCCUCCUGUUUGGAGGUGGAUCCUCUGAGUUGUCUGCAGUCUCAGGAGCCUCCCAGCUCCCUGAAUUAGUAUUUCAAUGAGCUGACAAAGAAGGGGAUUGCUCUUAAGAGAAUUUUAAUUCAGCUGAGAAGACUUAAGCCAGAUUGGCACAGACACUGCCUGACCCCACUCUGUUCCUAGCAAAGGAAUUGCUCUUACUCCAAAAUACACAUGGGAAAGCCUUCUUUCUCCUGGCCUUUUGCUAAAAAAUCCCCACAACCAUAGCACAAAGAUUUGGGCUUGUUUCACUCAAACUACAAAAUGGAAGUAAAUUGCACCAGGCAGUCUGUAGGAAGCUGCAUGUUCUGGAGUGGGGAGAGCCCAAGCAUUAAUGAAGAACCAUUAAUAUUGAAAAGCAGUUAAUCCGCAAUUAUCCCAAGACCCAUGGAGCGACUAUCAGAGAGUUAAACAAAUACGGUGAGGCUGAGGAAGAUUAUGAAAGCUCUUGAUAGAGAUUAAUGACCCAAGCUUAACUAUAAAAAGCUACUGUGCCCGUUUCUUAAUAAAUGUUCCCUUGGCUUUGCCUUUGCUGUGAUGUGGGGAGAAAUUACAGAGUUGUUUGGAGAUAGCAAUAACAAGUGGAGUGUGGUUCCUGCUGGGAGAACAGCGUGAGCUGGGUGCCCUUAAUGAAACAGAGGAGGAAAUCAGUCACCUGAGAAAUACUUGCAGAAGGAUGCUGAGUGAGUUAAAGCCUCAGCCUUAAGUCAAGCUAGAGGGGGUGAUGCAGAAGGGAAAGCUGCUGUGUGAGAAUUAUGGAGGCAACUGGGGACUCAAUGAGUAAGUGCUCACCAGGGCAGGCAUACUAGUGCCCCAGGUGAGCCUCGCUGAGGCAUAAAUCCGUGUGCUGAUCUGCUCCCUCAAGAGGGAAGGGUGAGGGGAUUGUAACUUGUCUAACUCUUAAGCACAGUUCACAUGGGAGCCUAUUCAUAGGAAGGGGGAUGGCUCCAUCUUGUGCUAAGUCUGGUGGGCAGAAAGGCUGGGCUCUUCUUGCCUCUCCAUCAGCAUGUCCCUAUAGCCUUAGCAAGGCUGGUUGAUUGUCCCUUUGUUGCUAUUAUGUCUCUUGCUCAAAUGACAUUCCUUGAGCACUUGGAGGACUGAGCAUGGAAAUGCACUUCUGGAGGAAGAGGAAGAUGCUGCUGUAGAAGAUAAAAAAAAGAAAGCUAUGUUAAUUGAAGGUGAAAUCUCAGUGAGUGCCUGUGCUGGAUUUCAAUGUCUGCAUCUAGAGGGCAGGGCAGGUACAUGUUGAAUGAUCUGUGUGUCCACGUCCUCAGUGGUCCCAGUUAGAGCUCUGCUUCUUUAUCUGGGUAUCCUCCCCCUAGAAAGAGGUUUGUGCAGGAGAAAAACACCUGUUGCUGUGGUACAUGCCUGGGUCUCCUCCUUGCAGACCAUGCUCACCAUGUAGUCCAGUAAGAACGCCCUGAUGUGGCACAAAACUCUGCAAUUUGGGCUGGUUUCUGGCAGAGGAUAAAAGGACCCACCAGAUUGCCCAGAAACGGAGCAACAUGCAGCAAGAGGAGUCUGCAGAACACUGUUGACCAGCAAGAAGCAACAAGCCAUGGGCUUGUCUGGCUGCAAAGCCCAAAGCCACAAACCCUAAUGGCAAGAGCAAUGCAGUUGGUAUGAAGGGGAAGAGGGAAAUCAUCCUGAGGGUGGUCAGACCUUGGGUGGAAUGUGAGAUCUUCAUGCCUGAGGAAGUUUUUGCCAUGUGUCUCCAAGCAGUACCUUGCUGUGGAUCCAGCCCUGCCUGGGACUGGGGCAGGUGACAUUAAGGAGACUCUCUCAAAGAGAAUUAUUCCCUAAUUUGGUGAUUUUAUGACUAUUUGUCCGUGUACUUCAAGAAAUUAGCCUGGAAAUCAGUAGCAGGUGAAUGCUGAACAUUACACAUGCUUGUCACCAUUUGUCUACUGUGAGACAAAAAUGAUUAUGGGCUGUCAUCGUUCAGCUGUCCUCCAGCUCAGAUUUUUUGGCUAGUCUCACAGUUUUGAGCACUGGAGACUAUCUAAGCUUCUCUCACAAGGAAACGAGCGUGUGUGUGUUUUAUAAUGAUGCCAGUUAAUGAAUAUUUAUCUCACCACUGUGUUGUGAAACUUCAACAUGUGACAUGUUUCUUUUUUAAAACUCAGCUCCAGGACUUGGAGGAUCUUAUUGGAUCUUAUGCCAAUUGCAGCUUUUUCUUUUAAGGAACAUUUUUAAUGUAGUUGCAGAGGGAGAGAAUGGGGAGCAAAAUACUGAGAGCAGGAUGCCUUCUGGCUUGAAACCCGGAGGCAAAGCACAAUUUGCUUUUGUUUGCCUGGAAAAGCAGCGAGGGCCCGUGGGAUGGGUGGGCGGCGUGCAAGGCAGGAGUUGGGAAGCCGGUGCCCCCACGCUGGAUGGGAGGUGGAGGACUGACUCCCCCGUGCUUCUCUGGGCGGUGCUUAGCACCAAACUACAUCUCCCAGGCUGCCCUGCCGCUGCUCCCCAGAGUUGGGGGGAGGAGGGGGUCUGCUUGGGGGGACGAGGGUCCUGGCCUUGCAGUGCUGGCUGCGUGCCCCUGCCUACGGCCUCAGCAGGAUGGAGCCAUCAGAGAAGCAGCUUGAGGAUGCAGUUGCUUUCGUGCAGGGCAAAAAGCGCCCUCCAAAGAAGAAUGGUGUCACAGGCUGGAUACUGAGGAACCUCCGGAAGACCUUCCAGAAGCCGACCUCCCUACAGCUCACUUCUCCCAUGGCUCUUUCUCAGCGUUGCACAGCCUCUUGUCCAAACCUGAUAAUAAAUAGAAAUGAGGCCCAUGAAGAGAAGCAUGUGCCUGUUGCCCUUCAGCGUGGUGUGACUCACUGUUCUGUAUUGCCAGCAUCAGCAGAAGAUGGCUGCUCCAACAACACAGCACUCCGGGGCUGGUGGAGCAGUCUGCAGGUCCAGAUGGCAUCCCGUUCCUGUGCCCUCAGACCUAGUCUCACAUUUGCUUCUCCUCUGCCUUGUUCAGCAGACUCCCCUUCCAAGGCCAAGUUCACCGGCCACUUCUCCCUCUUCUCACCACCGUCACGGAUCUCUGAGCCUGAUUACAGCCCUCUGCCUUGUGCUGCCUCCAAGAAAUCUAGCAGAGGGAGCUGGAAGAGCUCUCAUUGUGAAGAGCCCCCUGAUUCCAAAUUAAAAGAAUCUGCACAUUUCCCCUUCACAGUACCCAUAAUUGCUCAGAUAACUGACUACAUCUACCUGGGGAACCUCAAUGCAGCCUACAGUGGCCGGGCACUCUGCACAAAUGGCAUCGACAACAUCAUUGACAUGAGCAGCCUGCCAAGUGACCACAGCCUGAGCAUCAUCCCCUGCACCUGUGGGAGGGGAGGAUUCAGGCACAACUGGUCACGCCUCAGGGUUGAUACCCAGGCUUUCCUGCAUGGAAAUCGUCAUGAAAUAAGGCAGCCAUGCUUCCUUGUCAUCAAUGAGUGCAUUGAAGCCUUGAUGGAGAAAGGGAAGCGUGUUCUCAUUCACUGCAGGGAUGGUUACUCCUUAGGCCCUACCUGUGUCAUCCAAUACCUGAUGGUCAAGCACAGCAUGAGACUGCUAGCAGCCUAUGAACUUGUGAGGGCACGGUACCCACUGAAAAUCCAAGAGUGCCAUCAAGACCUACUGGUGGGUCUGGAGAUGUCCCUGCAACCUGGUGGCGUCAACACAGCAUGCCUGAAGCACUCCCUGUCAAGGAAGAUGGCAUGGAGCUAAACAGGCAUAGUGGCUGAAGAAGAAAAGCCAAAAGGAAAAUGGCCUUAACUGCAUCUCAUGGGCAGAUUAGAUGACUGCCUGUGUGUGGUAUGUAGGACAGUGAUGACAAGAUGCAAAGGUGAUGGCCUUUCUUUGCAGCAGUUCCUAGAGGCUGGUACUGGCAGAAGGAAAGCAUGGAGAGCUCUUAGGGACACACUAGAGGGAGAGGAAAUAAGACUCAUUUAAGCAGAAGCUGAAGGUUCUCAGUCCCAAUGUAAGGAAAUCUGUGCUCCAGGCUGAAGAAGACUUUUCUUGGGAACUUUUGUUCCUAAGGGUGCAAGUACAUAUCAUCUCCGUGUCAGGGGGUUGGAACUGCAAGAUCUUUUACGGUCCCUCCUAACCCAAGCCAUUUUGUGAUUCUACGUGCCUCAGUCUGAUAUUCUUUUUGGGAAAAAGGAACCAGCCACUGGAUUUCUCAGUUGUUCUGCCUGAGCUUUUACUAUGAGCACAGCUGCUGUUGGGCUGCUGGGUUUGUGUUGUUUUUUUUUGUUUUUUUUUUUUGGCCAACAGUAUAUUCCAUGGAAAUUAGAUGUAGACAUCUGUGGUGUCAUGUUGGACUAGUCACUGCAUAGUCCCUGUCCGCUUGGUGCUAGCAGGGUGCUGAGGAGAAGAACAUUGGUGUAAAGAUGGGGAGAUGGCUACGAGAGGCAGCUUGCCUGGAUCCAUCAGCCCAGUGCUUCCAUCAUGUGGUGGUUCCCUAGCGGAACAUGGUCCAGAAGUGUCACACUUGAAUGUCUCUACAACACAGUGCAGAACCUCCUGUGAGCUUGAACCUUUGCUUCCAAGCACCUUUGCAGGCUGGUGGAAGCACUCUGAGAUUGGUGGCCCAUGUCACUGGUGCACUGCUGUAGCAUGAGGGGAGGGGAGCAAGGGAUGGAGGCUACUCAUCUACUCCAUGGGAAAGGUACCCAAACUUGAACACUGUGUCUGCUCCUGGUUUCCACGGAAUGUUCAUGUUUCAUGUUCAGAGAGCUAAGACAGACGACUGCUGACAGCCUUCCCUGAAGGACUUGCCUGAAGCUUAUGCUCUCCUUGGACUUUUCUGCAAGGAACUCGUUCAUUUGUCACUCAAACACUUGCAUUACUUCACUUGGAAACCUCUGCUUUUGUUAAUGUUAACUAUUGCUUUGUGGGUUUUUCUUCUUCUUCUUCUUUUUUUUUUUUUUUUCCCUCUUCUCACUGGGUUUCUUCCUCAUUCUGGAUCUGGGGCCUCUUUCUUUUUUUUUUGGAGGACUGCUGCCCUGUGGUUUAACCUCUUUGCAAGGCAGCUCCAGGGAAAUUUCUUUGCAGACAGAGAGAUUCAGCCUUUUGCUCACCCUAUUACCACAUCUCACCCUCUAGGACUCCUGUAUCUUACAAACAAAUCUGUUAACCAACAAUUGAUUCGUGGGACUUUUCUUUGUGUUCCUUCAACCCACUCUCUGCACUGACCUGAAGCAAUGAAGUGAAAGAAAAGCUGCUAUCUAGAGGACUUGGUGGGACAGUGGUGCAUGUAGUUCUGUAGAGAGCUGGAGAAAAUGACUGGAGAAUCUUUGGAAAGGGUAAUAAAGAGCUGAGUUGAACUUUAGAGUCAAAUAUGGCCCAUGUGGUACUGGAGGAAAAGUGAAGUGGCUGAACUUCUCAGUGGGUGAAUGCUGCUCCUGGCUGCGGAGGGUGGCUGCUGUCUGUUUCUGGAUGUACUUACUUUAGUCUCUAUUCUUUAUUUUUCUGGGAAACUGGCUUGAGCUGGGAGAGGCGGGCAACUUAGGAGGAUCUGCAGGGUGAUGUCUCUCGUCUACAGGCCAUGAAGUGGCACCAAGAGUCCUGAUGUAGCAUGGUUGUGGUGAUUUCACUACUCAAACCAUCUUGCUCUCAACAUUUCAGCAUGGAUAAUCCUGAGCAGACCCAGCCUUACCCACACAAGACACCAGUCCCAUCUCAAGCUCUUAGUCUUCCUUUACAGUAUCUGCAGUGCUGUGUGCAUGAUGCUAUAGGAAGUCUGCAGCGGCUUGUUUGCUGUUAUCUGUGACUUCCAAGAGAAAAAUUUGUUGCAGCUACAUCUGAAUCAGCUUAAAACCCUUUGGAUAGCAGGGGAGGGAGUGCCUGGGCUGUGGGAGGAAGACAAGAGCUGUUUGGGCUCUUGUCUCCAUGGGAUCCCCUACAUACACAUGCUACAUCUGCUGUGGAUAGGGCUGGUGAAUAUUUCCAGUGUCAUUUCCAUCUGCCUCUUGCUUGUGCUGUGGGUAUGUGGUUCUGGGGUGCACUGCAGCAGCUUUGGGGUUGCCUCACAUACCCAGCAGCGGCUCCAUAGCUUUGAGUAGUUUUGCUUUUUUUUCUUAAUAAAAAUUUAACAUCUGGUGUUAAAAUAUUUCACAUGGGGACGACCAGCAAAUAUUUUCCUGUGUGUUAACUGAGGUUAAAAGAAGAUGCUAGCUCUGAAUGACUUGCUCAGGAAUGGCUCUCCUACGUGCUGCCAGUGGCUGAAUGUUGGUGGGAUGAUGCAUAUGCUGCAGGCUCCUUCCAGCCAGUGUUCCCCAAGGGCAGAGCUGCUCCUCUCCUGUGGAGCUGCCUGGCCUGCCCCAGCCAAGGGAGGUGCAUGGGGGCUCUUGCACACCAUUGGUCUGAGAAGGUCUCCAUGCCCUUAAAGAGAAGGUGGAUUUUCUGCUGAGCCACCCGAGAAGCCCUUUUAUACCUCCUUCCCCGGCCAGCUGCUUGCGGCUUGCCAGUCAGUCCUGGCCAGCCAGCGGGGCUCUCUGUUCCUUCUCCGGACUCGGGUUCGUAACCAUCUAAAGCAAGAUGUCUGAGUAAG